AUGGAAAAUUUUACUUCUCCUCCUUACUUCAACCUCACAAUGUUUGUGAACAUAGGUUACUACCGCUACCCAGUCUUUGUGUUGUGUUUCCUGCUGUAUGCUCUCAUUAUCCUUGCUAAUCUUAUCAUAAUAGUGGUAAUAUCACGGGAGACAACGCUGCAUCAACCCAUGUAUAUUUUCAUCUUUUGUCUAUCCAUUAACUCGUUGUAUGGCUCCACUGGCUUCUUCCUCAGAUUCCUAAGGGAUAUUCUGUCUGAUACUCAUUUGAUCUCACGCCCAGCAUGCUUUUCUCAGAUCUAUAUCAUUUAUACCUAUGCAUCCUAUGAGCUCACCCUUCUAAGCAUUAUGGCAUAUGAUAGGUACAUUGCUGUAUGUCAGCCAUUACAUUACCACAACAUGAUGACCUUUUCACGUAUCUCCAUGUUGACAGCCUUUGCAUGGAUCUAUCCCGUCUUUUCUAUUGCAAUCUGUGUUUAUUUGUCCUCCACACUUCCUCUGUGUGGUAACAAGAUACCAAAACUGUUCUGUGCUAACUGGCCAGUUGUGAAAUUAUCAUGUGUUUCCACUUUCAUCAAUAACCUGACUGGCAUGUUAGUGAGCACAACUACAGUCUUUCUGCCCUUGGCUUUUGUCCUGUAUACAUAUUUACGAAUUUUUCUUGUUUGUAGAAAAAGCUCCUCAGAAUUCAAAGGCAAGGUGUUACAAAGCUGUCUCCCACACAUUAUCACAUUUGUCAAUUACUCCAUAACUGUGUUUUGUGAUGUCGCCCUUAGCCGUUAUAAUCUUGAAGAGGUGAAUCCCUUUUUAGCUAUAAUUUUAUCACUUGAGUUUGUUGUGAUUCCUCCCAUUCUGAACCCGCUUGUGUAUGGUCUAAAGUUGCCGGAAAUUAAAAAACAUAUAUUCAGAAUGUUAACUUUCUCAAAAACCAUACAAUAG